AUCCGGCCAAACUCAUCGGAACUCCGCCUGAGGUCACAAAACAUGCCAGCGUGGACUGCACGUGGACGAAUUAAUCCACCUCAGCUAUAUCGUCUAUAAAUACAACAUCCACGCGUGUGCUCCUUCAUUUUUCACACAAAAAUCGGCAAAAAUUCGAACAAAAAAGAAAAGCCCCAAUAUUCGAGCAAAACCCCUAGAUUUCGAGAGCCUUCUUGUUCGGUACAACCUUCAAGAAAUUCGACUUAAGAGUGAAGCUCUAACAAGAUGUCUUACAACACAGAUAAUCCAAAUUGCCGUUGUGGGUUGCAAGUUGAAAUUCGCACCUCGUGGAAAACUCCAAAUUGUGGAAGAAGAUAUUUCUCGUGCCUCCAUUGGCCUGAAGGAGGAUGCAAGUAUUUUGGAUGGGUCGAUCCUCCUCUUUGUGCCCGUGCUCAACAAAUAAUUCCUGGGUUGCUCAGGAGAUUGAAUGAAAUGGAAGAAUCAAGUAAGAGUGCUGACAUUGAAAAAUUCGAGGUUCUGAAGUUUGAAGAAGAAAACAAGAAAUUGAAGAAACUCAAUUUUCAAUUUGAAGAAAAAAACAAGAAGUUGAAGAAACUCAAUUUUGAGUUUGAAGAAGAAAACAAGAAACUGAAGGCAGAAAUUCUGAAAUUGAAGUAUGAGAGUGCCAAAAAAACAAGACUUCUAAGGAUGUUAGUAGCAUUAUUGAUAAUUUGGAGUUUGGAGUUUGGCUGCACUGGGUUUCCCCUGACUAACUGCUCAUACAUGGAUGGUCCAGGAGUUGAUCUCUGCAUUGUGGCCAUCAAAGGUGUCUGGGACUGUUGUGUAGGAAUUUCUUCCAUCACCAUACUUUCAUCUUCAUGA